GUCGGCUAAAAUUUGAGGCUGCCAACAUCAUUUCAAGAUUUUAACAACAGAAGCUUUUGCAGUGGGAAUUCGCUCAAAUUUGAUGCCGAAUUGUUUUUAACAUUUGCAUUUGAUACAGAAGCAACAGAAACAGAGAAAAGUACCUUGCCACUGCAGUGGAUAAGGCUGCAAGCACUUGCUUGACUUGGUGUCACAAUAUUGUGGAUUCUUGUUCAGUCGUUCACAUAUAGCUGGAGGAAAAAUGUUGGAGGUUGAUGAUUCAGGAAUGGGCCUAGUAGCUGAUAUCAGCAAAAUUGGGCUUAAAUCGCCAAGAUUCAGGCCGACUAACUAUCGGAAAAUUGUACAUGAUGUAAGUCAGCAAAGUAAAAUGUAUGCAUGCAUUGAACAAUAUAAUGAACACAAGGUCAUUAAGGACUGGAUUUCAAAUCUGACGGAAUCGAAGUGCCAUUAUGGCGAGGCCGUUUUCGUGUUGGGGCCGAUGGGUGCCGGAAAAACUACCGUACUAAUGGAAGAGUUUAUGAAGCACAGCAUUUACAAGGAUUAUGCUUAUGUAGAUACGGAUGAACUCAUGGAAAAGCUGGAUGGUUUUGAUAGUGACAAAGUUGAAGAAUUCUACCCCGUCGCACGUUCAAUUGCAAUUAAACUGACGGACUGGCUUUUAAAUGAAAAGAUUAGUUUUAUAGCUGAAGGAACUUGUGUAAAGUAUUUUGAACUUGAAGAUUAUAUCCGCCGACUAAAGAAUAAAGGCUACCUUAUAAGAGUAAAGCACGUAAAUGACAUACCACUCGAGGAAAUUUUAGCGAGAACCAGUAAACGAAAGCGAAAAAUCCCAGCGGAUGUUGUAAAAUCGAUAUAUUAUGGUUCCUUGAAAGGUGUCACGGAGUUGAAGAAAAUGAACAAAGACAAUAUUCUUUUUGAGGAGUUGUGAGUUAUUUGUUUACAGCGACUGUAUAGCUUCAGGGAAGUUUUUCUUAGGGUUUUGUGCAUUCUUGAUCUGGUAGAACGAAUUGAGUAAGUAGAAUAGAUGUUGAAGCCAAUAAAUGAUAUUUUUAAAUGUGGAAUUAUUAUGUGAUGAUUCUUUUUCAAUGCCAUGUCAUUAUCACUUAACACAAGUUAACAAAGGUUUAGAAAUCCUCAGAAAUUCUAUACAUAUGACUUUUGCUAUCAUUGAAUAAACCUACUGCUUCAAUAAACUUCAAUAUUUUUGGAUUUGUUCUAUUAAAAGGAAAAUAAUGCUAUUUAACCCUUAACUCCUGUCCCUUGCUAACAUCUCAAACCUUUGGAGCAUAAAAUUUGGUUUAACAGACUGAUCAAGCCCUGUUUUUUCUAAUGCCAAACCAGACAGCUCCCCAGGCUUCAUUGCACUGAAUAUAUUUUCUUCUUUGAUGUGAGUACCCCUCUCUUCCUGAUUUUUAAAAAUGAUGUUAAGUAAGAAAAAUGCCCCAUAUACUUUUUCCUAAAAAUUAUCACUUGUAAAUAUUUGGCAGAAUUUUCAAAAAUUGUAGAUAAAGGUGACAAAAUUAAGCAGACUUAAUACUCAUUUAUCAACUGAAUGUAUGAUAUACACAAAUUGUGCUACCUAGUUUUGAAGUGUGUAUUAGUAGUAUGUUUUUACUUUCAUCACCUAAUUAAAGUAAAACUGAUGUUAUAAA